AUGAACGAAUGGAAAAUAAUCGUCCAGAUUGGAUUGUACGCGACAGUAAGCUUCGGUAGGGAGCCCUUCAAGCCGCGAGACGGUUCUGUACCCUUUUUAGUAUAUUUUCCGUCACGCUACCGCGGCCUGUGCGUCGGGACGCUGCUGUCCAGGACGGUGGUCAUAACGGCGUGUGUGUGCAUCGCCGACCCUUCAGUGCAUGAACACGACACCCGGCCCAUCAACGUGGUGACGGGCGCGACGUACAGGCAUCCGCGUCGCGGAAUACGAGUCCAAGUCACUAAGAUUAUUAUCCCCAAGUUGUCCAACAGCACCGGGGAGAGAGCCUACACGAUACAGAAGUCUCCGGCCAUCCUUAUCCUAGCUAAAAGGGUUCCAGACGUCCUAGCCGAGAUUCCCUUGCGCCCGAUCGACAUCGAUUACAAAGGGGAUGAGGUGUUAGCGCUGCACGAGGAGUGCCUGAUGCCCGGCUGGCAUUUCUUUUACAAGGGUGAUAAAAUAUACCCUGUCCACAAAUUCCUUCUCCAACGGAAUAUUCGGGUGCAGUACUUGAUAAUUGUGAAGAAGAGCCUGUGGUGUAACACCAUCACAAUGAAAUUUCAAAAAGCUAUGACUAACUUGGGCUUCGUGGGGUACUUCGACAAGGCCUCGUCGAUCUGUGUCAAGGAUCCCGACAGGGAAGCGCAGCCAUGCCAUGGAAUGUAUGGAGCGCCUCUCAUAUGUCGCGGGAAGGCUGUGGCCAUGCUGCUGGCUCCAGACGCUCAGUGGUCUAACUGCACCGGCGGCACGAACCUGGUACAGCUGUUCAGUUCCAGCCACAUAAGAAACUUUAUGGCUUGCGUGAGCGGGUUAUUCGAACCAGAAUUCAAACUCAGCUGGGAGAUCUUCAAGAAGAGCAUCGAGAACGACUUGAGCGGCAACGGACACUUCGAUUACCUGCCGGAUGUGUACGACAGGAUGCUGGACGUCAUGAGCAGCUCCGAAGAAGUUUGAUUUCUGAAUUGCUGAAGCGCUGUAUUCAUCUAAGUAACACGUUGACAUCACGACUGUGAUCUGGCAGUUGUGUUACGCACUUCGUACAACUGUCCGUAAGUGACCAGUGACACGGUGAUUGAUACUCAAGUGCAACUUCAUACGAUCGGCUCGAUGUAAACCCAGUCGACGUGUUACUGCCACGGGCACAGCGCUUGAGACACUUUAUGUUAAUAGCGCGCUACUUGGAUCGGAUCGAACUUUCAUUUAAUGUCUAAUUAGUGUCUAAUUAAAAUGUUAACAUUAUGUAAAUCAAUGU